CAUCAUUUGCCACUGCAAAGAUGGGGAUUCUACAAGUACUAUGCUUUAUUCUCUCUUUGCACUUUAACAGAAUAUUUGCCCUAAUGCCUUUAACUGAAGACGAAAAUUCUACUAAAAAUGGUUUGUUGCCUAAAACCAUAACGGACAAAGAUUCAAAUGUAUUACGGAACAUCCUAAAUCAGGAGAGCUUGGUGCGCUUUUCUAUGGUACAAAAAAUACAAAAUUUAGUGAUGGAUGCUACAGACAGAAAAAGUGAUAGUCAAGUCAUAAAGUCGAAACUUAGCGAAGUGACAGACGACGUAGAGAAUUUGGAGAAACAAUACCAAGUAAUGAAGGAGGAAAAUGUCAAACUUCAAGAGAAAUUAAAAGCAAUUUACGGGUCAGUAAAUGACAAUAAAAAUAUGACUUUGGAAAAUAUAAAAACCUUGAAUGAAUCACAAAUUAUCACUUUUGAAAGCAAUCUCCAAAAAAUGAAAGAGCUUGAAGAUGGUGAAAGAAAUGAAAGCGUGGUCCUAAAAAACAAUGACCGUGCAUUAACAAAAGAAAUUCAGGUUCUCAGAGAGAAAAUGAAUGAAAUGAACAUGACAAUACAGGGCAGUGUGGAUCUUGUCGGGAGGGUGAGAAAAACAGAGGACAUGUUAAAAAGUAUUGUGGUUUCUUACAAUGAAACACAGGAGGAUACUGAGGAUGUAAAUGAAUUGAAAUUGGUAUCGUCAAAAGUGCUUUCAAAGAAUUGCUGGGAAAUUUUACGGAAAUUCCCGAGUACGUUUGGAAGAGAUGGAUUAUACACAGUAUUCAUUGACUUCGAAGAAAAGCUUGUUUACUGUGACAUGAGUACAGAUGGAGGAGGGUGGACGGUAAUACAAAGAAGACAAGACGGAUCGACAUACUUUUACCGGAGUUGGAAAGCAUAUAAACAAGGCUUUGGGGAUCCAUCUAAAAACUACUGGAUUGGAAAUGAUGUAAUCUACGAGCUUACAAAAAACAAGGAGCAGGAACUCCGGGUUGAGCUACAAGAUUUUAAUGGUGACGAAGCAUACGCUCAAUACUACAUAUUUUAUGUCGGGAAUGAAGACAGUAAAUACGUACUCACCGUGUCGGGGUAUUCAGGAACCGCAGGUGACAGUUUGGCUUGGCAAAAUGGAAUGAAAUUCAGCACCAAAGACGAGGACAACGACAGAAGUGGCGGAAACUGUGCUGUAACAUACCACGGAGCCUGGUGGUACAACGCCUGUCACAACUCAAAUCUUAAUGGAGAGUACGUCAAUUAUAAUGUGACUAAUGCUAAACACCCGGUAUGGCAUGCCUGGAAAAAGAGACACGAAGCACUCAAAAAGACUAUGAUGAUGAUUAGACACAAAGACUAAAGUUAAUCAAUAAUCCUCAGUCUUACAAAGCAUGUUAUGUUUAUUGAGACACAUGAUGUACAGAAGCCUAACGUAAUCGGGAGGUAUAUGAGCCUUUUGGAAUAUACGUCUAUAAUACAAUAUUUAACAAAUUUGAAUUUAUUUGAAUGUAAUUUUUAUACAAAUGUUAGUAUAGAUUAAAAUAUAAAGCAUAAGCGGGUCGUGUAUUUUUUCCGAAACAUCUGCGGCAUUAAUUCCCAUACUUACAACCAAAGAAAACAUUGAAUUGUUUAAUUAAAGUACCAUGUUACAGUAAUGUGUGUAUGACUAAAACCUGUAAUAAUUUUACUAAUGCAAGAAACUUGUUUUCCUCAAAAUUGUUCCUUUCGUUUAUAUCUGUAAAUGUGAUUUAUUUAUAAAUUAAAAUAUUCUCCAGGAUCAA